UGAUAUAUGUCACAACAUGGUCAAAAUUCAGAGCAGCAUUAACAGGACGAAUAUGUUCGAACAACAUAUCUGAACAGAGGGCACUUCGCAAUAUUUAUUGCUGUUAUAGUCGAUGUCAAAUACACGAGGUCAUGACAACUAAAUAUAGCUAGAUAGGAGUAAAUGCAGUGGGCGUUUGAAUUGGUAGUUAAAAUUGCUUGUAUAACUUAAUAUUACUGAAGCUUAGACAUGAGUAACGCAUGUCGUAAACACUUUGCUCUCAGAAAUGUAUCUUUAGAAUAUAACGAACCUGCUGAUUUUGUCCAGUCUCAGUUCCAGUGUGGAAGAAAACUGUAUAUAGUAUGGCGUGCCUUUUGGGCCAUGUACCAUUUGGCUUCCAUUAUCGCAUGCGCAUUCGUCUCCAAAAACAUCCAUGGGGAGACCGACGUGAAAUGGUUUAUAUACCUCACUAACUGGAGUUAUAGCAUGCUCACUCUCGACGUACUAUUGGAAUUUAUAGCAGUUGUCUAUGUUCGAAAAGCAGACGAUAUAUUAUCUGGUGACUAUACGGUGACGCCGUGGUAUUUAAAGGCUGUGUGGGUUGUUUAUAACGUCGGCAACUGCAGCGCUGUCCUCGUCACAGUGUUGUACUGGUUUAUCCUCUAUAAAACUGGUGUACCGAUAACGACCACGACUGUUGUCGUGCACGCCUUGAAUAGCGUCUACGUGAUUCUGAACCUGCCCGUCACUGCGGUUCCUGUCGGGAUUUACCAUUUCUUCCACUCAAUGGUAGUCGGGGUUGUCUACGUCAUAUUUACCAUCGUGUAUCACGCACUGGGCGGUACCAACAGACACGACAAACCAUACAUCUACCCUCAGAUUGACUGGAACCGUCCUGGGACUGCUGCCAUGUAUUCAGCAGGGGUGGUGUUUGUGGCGAUUCCGCUGAUUCAUUCAUUGAUAUUUCAUGUGUACUUGGCUCGAGUUGCGGUGUAUAACCGUUACCAGAGAAGAUCCGUAGACAUCAUGGCUUGAUGCAGACUUUUGUACAGGAAGGAAUAGCGUGGUUCUUUAACAAUAUCCUCAACACAAUUUAAACUAAGGCUCAGAAGAUGGGAGGGAAAUCCAGGGGAACUGUCUCCCUAAAUAUAUUCAAGCGCCUCUCUUAAUUUAUUAUUAUUAUUAUUAUUAUUUUAAAACAUUUCAUUAGGUUGUCCUUUUUAUGUGAUGAAAAGGUACCUUUCUAGUUGAAUGACCUUUGUUCAGCGUCCUUGGCCUUGACCUCGUGACGUCAAACUGUGAGUCCUCUUAAGGCCCAAAACACUAAAGCUGGGUCUAAAGCGUGCGCUACAACAGCUUGCUCUGAAUGUGCACGUAAAGCCCUAUGACCUGACCUGACAUAAAGCUGGGUCUGGAUCUGGCGAGUGUGGCAAAGUCACCGUGCCUGGUGUAUUUUGACGUCUGGGUCUGUAACUGUAACUAGUUUUCAAUAUACAUGUCUUUUAACUGCGUUUAUAUCUUUAAAUAUAUUUUCUUCUGUAAACACUAACAAUAAUUAUGAGAAUCCAAUUUUGAUUAAAAUAUAUCUUUCCUGUUGUUUAUUAAGGCAAAAACAAAAUGCUUGCACGGGCUCCAGCUACCAGUAUAGCAAUAUGAAAAUAUAGUGCAUGUUCUAUGUCGUCUGUUGCCAGAUCUGUAGUUUGCACCAGCACAGACGCGGUGUGUUUUGUCACAUUCGAUUCAGUGUGUUUCAUUUUUGACUGAUACCAUACUCGCCAGACCCAGACCCAGCUCCGGUGUGUUUUGGGCCUAAGCAUCACGUGAAGACGCUGACGUACAUACCUGAAGGAUGGCGUGUAUGGGGUGAAUGAUCUCUGUGGGAGUAAGCGUGGGAAACCAUCGAUAUGUGCGUGCGUGUAAUAAAAAUUAAAAUCAU